AUGUUGCAUCUACUACCACUCUUUAUAAUCAUAUUUAUAAACAAAGAGGUGUUUGCCAUAGAUUAUUGCAACGAGUAUCUGUGUCCAUCAGAGAUAGCCCAUAUAGCAUGCGAAAAUUAUGGGGAAUUUGACGAAAGCUGUGGCAGCGAAGCUACUAUCUUGAAGUUCCCCAUGCAUCUGCGUACCUAUUUACUGGCCACCUUGAAUGAUUUCCGUAAUACAUUGGCCAUGGGCAAGUAUCCAGCCUUUCGACCAGCCGCCCGAAUGGCCACCCUUCGUUGGCACGAGGAACUCGCCGGACUGGCCAAGUUUGCCCUGAGGCGUUGUGACAACUUGGAAGAAUACUGCAGCAAUACGGAUGAGUUUAGAUAUGUAUCCUUUAUCUAUGGCAGUACCAAGUGGUUGCACCAAGAGAAGAAUCCCAAAUCGAUUAUGGAGUACGUGUUGAAGUUUUGGAUGGAUGAUUAUAAGGGAUGCAGCAUGGCCCACAUCAAUGCAGAGAAGCCGCCCAAAGAUGGGCAGUGUCGUGGUUACUUCACCCAAUUGGCUCAAGAUCAGGCAGGUCAUGUCGGUUGUGCCAUCUUAAUGCGAAGAAGUCACUCCAGCAGACUCUAUCAGUACGGACUUCUUUGCCAUUUCUCGCGCGGAAAGAUAGCCAAUGAGCUGGUUUACCGGGAGAGUGCACAUCCGGGAAGUCGCUGCUAUGCGGGAACCCACUCCAUAUACCAAGGGCUCUGUUCACCCGAGGAGCAUGUCAAUCCCAAUGCCUUGCAAUUAGGCGAGCUCAAUUAGAUUGGUCAAGCGGCAUUAGAAGUACUUAGGAGUUAAGAUAGAUUUACUAGUUAGUUGAAAUAGUUUUGCCACGA